UUUGCCAAACACCAUUAAACCUCAGAGGAAGAAGAUUAGUUACACCGUGGUCCCUGUUGUUUUGUCGCGAUGCAUAUUUAGUACAAACUGUUAGAAAUGUUGUUUCUGUAAAUAGAGAAAUACAGUUUUUGAAUAAGGUCAGUAUAUACCUGUAAUAUUAUCCUUGUAGUCGAGACCUAAGUUUUAAAGCAAGCAGAUAUAUCUGGAGGAGCAUCAUCUGAACUGAGAUCUGCUGCUGUGAAGAUGAUGUUUGUUAAAGAGGAGAGUGAAGAGAACACGAGUGAACCAGAAACUCUGAGAAUAAAACCAGAAACCCGGAGAAUAAAACACGAGGAACCAGAAACCCGGAGAAUAAAACAAGAGGAACAAGGAGAGCUGAUGGAAGAGAACGAGGAGAGUGAAGAACUGAGUGAAGUGGAGGAGAAACACCAUGACAAACCUGGAGAAAAACCUCUGAGCCGCUCUAAGACUAAAAAUAAAUUUUUAAAUAUAAGGAGAGUAAAGAAACCUUUCACCUGCAAUCAGUGUGGAAAGAGUUUCACAGCCAAACAAAGUCUUAAACUUCACAUGAGAAUCCACACCGGAGAAAGACCAUUCACAUGUGAUCAGUGUGGAAAGAGUUUCACAGCCAAACAAAGUCUUAAACUUCACAUGAGAAUCCACACCGGAGAAAGACCAUUCACAUGUGAUCAGUGUGGAAAGAAUUUCAUGCUAAAAUGUAAUCGUAAUGUUCACAUGAGAAUCCACACCAGAGAGAAGCCGUACACAUGUGAUCAGUGUGGAAAAACAUUUCUUUGGGCCUCAAACAUGAGGGAACACCUGUCCGUUCAUACGAAGGAGAAACCCUAUUCAUGUUCUGUGUGUGGAAAGAAUUUUUCACUGCAGCAAAAUUUACAUAGACAUGAGAAAAUACAUAGUGGUGUGAGAGAUUACGUUUGCUUUGAGUGUGGGAAGUCUUUUUUGGUUUCAAACUGUUUAAAAAAGCACCUGAUUAUUCACACUGGAGAAAAACCUUACAAGUGUUCACACUGUGACAAGAGAUUCAAUCGGUCUUCAUACCUGAAAAUACAUGAGAGGAUCCACACUGGAGAGAAACCUUACAAGUGUUCACACUGCAACAAGAGAUUCAAUCGGUUAGGAACCCUGAAAAAACAUAAGAGGAUCCACACUGGAGAGAAACCGAACACAUCUGAUCAGUGCGAAACAAGCACUAUUAAAAGUCACAUGAAGAUCCACGCAGUGAAGAAACCAGAUCAGCACAGUCUUAAAUCACAAGUUGAAGAAAGUGAGAAGAAAGAAGAAUUAAGUGAAUCUGAGGGAAGAAAUCAUGUUAAAACUGGAAAAAAACCUUUGAGUUGCUCUCAAACCAAACGGAAAGAUUUAAAGAAAAUAAGAGCCAAGAAAUCUUUCACCUGCACUUUCACCUGUGGAAAGAUUUUGACAAGCAAAUAUAAUCUUGAUGCUCACAUGAGAGUUCACACUGGAGAGAAACUGCACACAUGUUCACACUGUGGCAAAAGAUUCAGUCGGUCAACACAUCUGAAAAGACAUGAGAUGAUUCACACUGGAGAGAAACCGUAUCACUGCACUGCAUGUGGGAAGUGUUUCAAUAAUUCAUCUAAUCUACACAGGCACACAAAAAACACUUGCAAGUUAUUAUUGCAGCAUGAAUAUUGUGAAGCUAUUUGAAUCUAGCCAAAUGUUUCUAUAUGCAAUAAUUUCAAGACAUUUGUGGCCCUGGAACACGCAUCAGUCAUUUAAAUUGAGAUUUUGUACAUCAUCUGAAAGCUGAAUAAAUUAAAUAAAACAAAGUGAUCGCGA